CCUACGCGAAGCUUGCUUGAAAUGGCUGAUGAUAUGAGUACGGUCGGCGCUAUUGCAUGGAGAAAUACUUGACAACUUUGACUACCUGACUACUUGGUAUGGUAGCUACUAGGUAGCCAAAGCACCUACCAAAUGUUGAUGAGCUAAUAAACCGAAUCCCAAUCUUCUUGAGUUCUCGAGUCUUUAAAACAAGUUAGGACCUACCGAGGACAGUACCAGGGAGAGAGCCUAGCCCUGGACCGCCAUCAGUCAAAUCAAUGAUUUCGCCAAUUCCAAAUCCCGCUAUUGGUCGCCACCGAUUUUUUGUGCCCACUUUCCAUACGGGCGAGCUGUUGCAUCUACGUUGGGUCUGAAACUGAAAUACCUGACCUACCGUCAUUAUGAGAAUGAAAUAUCCCUCCUCCUUGUUCUUAGCUAUUAAAUGACGCCUAACCUGCCAGCUGCCUGCAACCUACUACCUCCAAGGCUGCUGACCUACACCAAACUCUACCGUCACUAGGACUUAAUAUUGCCACCAUCGAAAACCGGUCGCCAGGGGGUUAUCAAUUUUUUGGCUAAGAUUAUUAGCGAUCUGGAUCUCGUUAAAUCUGUCCUCUCCGCGACCGACUCUGGGCUUCCCCCCUCCCAGCUCUCCACCACGUGGCUGUGACCCUUGUCAAUUGGAUCCUUCAAAGCCACCGAACAUAUCGCUUGUGUGACUGUGCUCGGGGUCCCGCCACGGACAUAGAAGAUGGAUGAGGAAGGGCGAGGGAGAAUUUGGCAUACAAAAUUUGCCAUCACUGAUUCAUCCGACGACUCUAGUUCCGGAGUUGAGACAACACGAGAUGAUGAGGCAUCUACAUCUAUAUCUGAAUUAGGAUCAGGAUCGGGAUCGGGUUCUGGUUCAAAAACCGGCACUAUAAAUGUUCACAACCCGGCUGUCAGUUACGGAAGAAUAGAUCCUGAAAUUGAAGAAAAUGUCCUUCUUGUCAAAUCUGUCCCCGCCCAUGAUUUGCGGUGGGAUGACACGGAUCACCGCCACAACCUACUCGACCCCAACUUAGACGACGACGACCCCAGCACCCUAGGAAAGCAACGCAUUACAAGCGCAUCAACAAGCCGAGACUCGAGCCCUGCUAAAUCAUUUUCGAGUUGUCCUUCUGAGAGAACCCCUCUCCUCGAUCUUCCCUCCGAGUUAAUCGAUGCGAUACUUUCCUGGCUGACUCCUUUGGAGCUCGCCGCGGUCUCCCUCGUCUGCCGCGUAUUGCGCAGCCAUGCGAAUUCCGAUUCACAAUGGAAACGACAUGUUUUGUUGAAUCUCCCCGGCAAUCGCAUCACUACACCUUACCCAUGUAAAAGCUGGCGCGAGCUUUAUAUAUCACACGAUCCAUACUGGUUUUUAACCAAGCAAAAAUUGUGGUUUUGCGAUCGUGAAUUGACGGGUCAGAUGAUUGUCGUCCGUUACGAUGAGCGACGAGGAUGUAUCGAAGGAUAUCAACUAGUUUCCACGCGGAAUAAAGAAGGUAGCGAGCCGUGGCUUGCCGACCAAGACGUCCACAUUCAUCACUUCGAGCCAUCAGUCAAAUUGCAUCUCGACAAACCUAUCCUGCAGCUUAAUGCUGACAGCCUCGAAAAUAUAGUCCGCGGUAAAUCGUCGCUAGCUUUCCGGCAUUUCUAUUCGGAGCAGCCAAUGCGGAUAAAAAACGGGACAGACCCUCGGUUUACUAACUUUCUACUCGCAAAACCACUUAACAAACAGGCCCUGGCCGGUCGGAUGGGGAAUGAGUUUCCUCAUGGUUACGUUUGGCCUCCCCCUGCAAUUCCAGCACGGCAUCGCGUCACGGGUCAGCCUGCAGGAGUCCAUCCUCUCGCAACAUCCAUAAACUACACAAGAUCAACCUCAGCUAUGUGGCAGCCCCACAACCGCUCAGAGGCGUCUGAUCAAAUUUUUCGUAUCCGGCAGUGGAUGGAAAUGGGACCACCGACUCUCGGUGUGCAUUUUGCGGAAGAAGUAGUCACUUACUCAACUCUGGAUCCCGUCCUCUAUACACCGACAGCAGAGAGGCCUUGGAGAGGAAUAUGGGUUGGAGACUAUAGCGGACACGGUUGCGAGUUCUUACUGAUUAAUCAACCCGAUUAUGACGAUGGGGACAAUGACCCGCUAGCGCAGCUUGAAAGUGAAACGGAAGAGGAGUUCCAGGAGCGUUUCUUGCACGAGCGUGUUUAUCGUGGUCGGUUGGAAGCGAUAAAGCUAACGGGCGAUGCCAAUGUGCCGAGGGGUGAAUACACUUUCGUCGCUGAUGAUCUUGGUGAGGAUGGCUUUAUUGGUACGGCUCGGGAACCACCAUUUGAGGGGUCUCGAGUAGUGAAGAGCAAGGGCCAUAUAGCCCAUAUGGGGUUCUAUAAUGACAGAUAUAUCGAAUCUCAGCUCCUCCUAUUAUCGCAUAAUCGCCUAGCUCAAUAUUGGGUUGGUUUUGGUCACAUUAGCUUCUUCGAGAGGGUCGAUAUCGACCAAUUCCUCGUGCCCCAAUAGUAGCCAAUUUUAUCUUUAGCAUAUCAGAUAUAUAUUAUUUUAAGUAAAUAGAACCAGUGGAACAAGCCUUACAAUCUCGGAG